UUACGAAUUACAAAAAGAAAAUUUUCAAAAAAAAAAUUCGAUUUUUUUUUAAAGUUCAAAUUUGAAAAUAUAUAAUCUAAAACUAUAAAAAUUAUUUUUUAAUUUUUUAAUUUUUUUUAUAUCUAGGUUAUUAAUGUCAUUUUACCUAUUAAAUGAAACGUUUUGGUCAUUUUCCUUCUUGUGAUCUAUUUUUGUGAACAAAAACUUGAAAAUUGUCUAUUUCGGAAAAUUGCCCGAUUAACUUUAUGGUUUAAAUAUAACGAGAGCAUUUUUUUCUUAAUCUUAAAUAUAUCACAUUAUUAUUCCAUCUCAAUAGUCAUAUGCUUGGACAACUUCUAAGAAAGUCAAGAGACUAAGCAGACACUGAGACACCUUUAUACUAUUACGUAACUAAACAUAUACUCUCAGUACUAUAUAUGUAUACUUGAAAUUGAAAUAGUAAUUCUCCUUUAAUAGAAACAUGUAUAUAUCGUACAUACUUUCCUUUUUUGUUAAAAGUAUCAUAAACUUUCUUCCCAGUUCUAACUAAAUUCUCUAUCUUCACGACAAAAAGCUAGAAUAUUUUGGAUUUCAACAAAUCAAAUCUCCCAUUGUCUCUUCUUAACUAGAAAGCUUUUACAAAGAUCGAUAUUAAAAUAUGUAGAUCAAGAGAUCAUGUUGUUAAUAUCCAAGCGUUUCAAACACGCAAACAAAUAAAUAGAUAAAUAAUUUUACAUAAUGACUCAAGUAAGGGUUAUUCAGAAUACGCCAUAGGUUCUUAAGAUGAUGGGUGUUAAUAUUGGUAAUGGACAGUCCAAAUCCAACUCAAAACCAACACUCAUAUGAAAGCCUAAGACUACACAACCCAGUAAGGAUUCAGCCCACUCCAGCAGUUCAAGAACAACCUGAACAAGAGAACAAAACAACGUCCGUACAGAGCUCAACAGAAAGGAAAAGCAAUCCGUAAAAGGCAUUGCAACCUCAUCAACAGCUCAUCAUACAGCAACGGCUAAUAAGUUCUCUAUGCUAAAAGAUAAGGAUGAUGACACAUCAUUUAACCUAGAUUCCUAAGUGUAUAAAUUAGAGUGAUGUAAUAGACCUUAAGCGAGAAAAUAAAUAAAACAGUUCAAAUAUUAUAUGAGAAGACAUUAACACCAUAGCCAGUUUGGAGUACAAGCCAAUGGAAUCAUUAGCUUGGGGCCAAUGGCUAUAAAAAUAAUUUAAGGGGAAACUUAGAUGAGGAUCAAUCAUUCCAGUUGGUUAAAGUUUAAAGAUGAUGAGUUAUGUGUUAACUGGUAAUGAGUCUUCAUAUGUAAUACCAUAUCAAAAGUUAUUUUUCGGUUUUACUUAUUUCUUACAAAUGUUUUUACAUGCAUACAGUUAACAAACUAAUUACUAGGACUAAUUAUCAUUAUUACUGGAUAUUAAUAGUUAUUUAAUCAAUAAAUUUAUUUUAAAUGAGAUUUUGGAAAUAAAAAUAGAAAAUUGUCCCAAAAUUUUAUGUAUUUAUUUAUAUAUAUUGUUAAUAAAUAAAACUUAAUAAUGAUGUUAUUAUAUUUUCAAAAUAUUUCAAUUUUAAAGAAUACAAUUAAUCAUCAAUGCUAAUAUUUUCAAAAUAUUUCAAUUCUGUAUAACUACGCUUACAUUUGUGCCUUCUAUUUUGGACAUUAUCUGGGUGAAUAUGUCGUUGCAAUCUACGAAAGCAUAACUACAUUCUUCACCAAGUAAGGGUUAUUCAGAAUACGCCAUAGUUUCUUAAGAUGUUGGGUGUUAAUAUUGGUAAUGGACAGUCCAAAUCCAACUCAAAACCAACACUCAUAUGAAAGCCUAAGACUACACAACCCAGUAAGGAUUCAGCCCACUCCAGCAGUUCAAGAACAACCUGAACAAGAGAACAAAACAACGUCCGUACGGAGCUCAACGGAAAGGAAAAGCAAUCCGUAAAAGGCAUUGCAACCUCAUCAACAGCUCAUCAUACAGCAACGGCUAAUAAGUUCUCUAUGCUAAAAGAUAAGGAUGAUGACACAUCAUUUAACCUAGAUUCCUAAGUGUAUAAAUUAGAGUGAUGUAAUAGACCUUAAGCGAGAAAAUAAAUAAAACAGUUCAAAUAUUAUAUGAGAAGACGUUAACAACAUAGCCAGUUUGGAGUACAAGCCAAUGAAUCAUUAGCUUGGGGCCAAUGGCUAUAAAAAUAAUUUAAGGGGAAACUUAGAUGAGGAUCAAUCAUUCCAGUUGGUUAAAGUUUAAAGAUGAUGUUAACUGGUAAUGAGUCUUCAUAUGUAAUACCAUAUCAAAAGUUAUUUUUCGGUUUUACUUAUUUCUUACAAAUGUUUUUACAUGCAUACAGUUAACAAACUAAAUUACUAGUACUUAUUAUCAUUGUUACUGGAUAUUUAUAGUUAUUUAAUCAAUAAAUUUAUUUUAAAUGAGUUUUUGGAAAUAAAAAUAGAAAAUUGUCCCAAAAUUUUAUAUGUAUUUAUAUAUAUAUAUUGUUAAUAAAUAAAACUUAAUAAUGAUAUUAUUAUAUUUUCAAAAUAUUUCAAUUUUAAAGAAUACAAUUAAUCAUCAAUGCUAAGUGUAUAAAUUCUUUUAAAUUAUUUUUAGGUUCUUCUAAGGGUAUCAAUCAUCAGUGAUAAUUGUAUAAAUUAUGCGGUAGAUUCUCUCAACACCAUACAUUAUCUUAUAGGUUCUAUAACGAAGUAAUUAAAGAAUAAUAAACGUAUAUACAAUGUAUCUAUUUUUCGCGAUAAUUAGACGUCACUUAGGCUCUAUAGUGGAGUAUUUGUUUUACUCUAAUUACUCUGGCUUGACUUCGUAAAGGGUUAGAAUUUAACGGCAGCCAGCAAUUGAGGAUUAUCGGCGAUUGUCAGCGUACACGUGUUGGUCUAGCAAUUUAGUUACUACAGACUGAUAUGGGUUAAUUUGGAUUUUUGUGAUAUUGGAGAAAUUCCUUUGAUUUUUUCUUUUUUGUAGAGAAUGCUUUUUUGUAUUACUAGGAUUUUGUUUUCUUAAUAUUCCACAUCCCUAAACUUAGGAAACAUAUCAAGUUAACAAAGUAAUAUAAAAUAUCUAGAAAUAUUUUAGAAAAAUAUCUUCCAUUUAUCUUUUCUUGACACGACUAAUUGGUUAUAAAUAAAUUAAAUACAACGCAUGCCAACUCUAUAAAUACUUCUCUUUCCACACCAAAACCUCAAACUCUCUAACAAACCACUAAGGAAAAGAUGGAAGCGAAAUCAUUUCUUCUCCAUUUUAUCCUCUUUAUUGUCAUUUUCUCUCAUUUUUCUCACUCAACUUCCUCAAGGAUCCUAAACAAACCCUCAAACUGCUCAUCGUCUGCAAGUUUAGUGAGCCGUAAUGCGGAGAGGCUGAUCAAGUCCUUCAAUCUAAUGCCUGACCAUGACGUCAAUGUCAUCGCAAAGGGAAGCCCUGAUGUUCCCCGACUCAUUGAAAGCCAAAUCAAUUUUCCGGAAACCAUCGGUAUAAGAAACACUAUAGGUGGUCCUUCUGUCCAACAAUUCGGCCACUAUGGCGGUUACUACAGCCUCACUCAUACUAAAUCAGCUAAGAUGUUCUAUUUCUUCUUUGAGUCACGGACCAACAACACCGAUCCGGUUGUGAUUUGGUUAUCUGGUGGACCGGGUUGUAGUAGCAGUGUGGCUCUGUUCUAUGAGAACGGUCCGUUCACAAUAUCGGAUGAUCUCUCUCUUUCUUGGAACGAUUUUGGUUGGGACAAGGUAUCCAAUCUAAUAUACGUGGACCAACCGGUCGGGACUGGUUUCAGUUACACAUCGGACCAAAGCGAUCUUCGCCACGACGAGACUGGUGUGAGCAAUGAUCUCUACGAUUUCUUACAGGCCUUUUUCAAAGAACACCCGAAGUAUGCAAAAAAUGAUUUCUAUAUCACGGGUGAAUCAUAUGCUGGUCACUACGUCCCUGCUUUGGCUUCACGAGUUCACAACGGAAACAAGAAUAAGGAAGGGAUUCCAAUCAACCUUAAGGGUUUUGCGAUUGGUAACGGUUUAACCAACCCGGAGAUUCAAUAUGGUGCAUAUGGGGAUUAUGCCCUGGAAAUGAAGUUGAUCUCUGAGUCUGAUCAUGAGAGUCUCAAGCAAGACUAUGUUUUUUGUCAAAGUUCCAUCAAAAAAUGCAGUAACUUCCAUAAAAUCUAUUUGUUUCGAAUAUUUUUGGAUUUGGGUUUGGAAAAAAACUUUUCGAGUCUAAAAUCUGUUUUUUUUUUAAAAUCAAUUUCAGACCUUAAUGGUGGUGAAGAAUGUAGUUAUGCUUUCGUAGAUUGCAACGACAUAUUCACCCAGAUAAUGUCCAAAAUAGAAGGCACAAAUUUUUAUGACUUAAGGAAAAAGUGUGUUGGAAGCUUGUGCUAUGACUUUUCGAAAAUGGAAGCAUUUUUGAACCAAAAGAAAGUACGCAAAGCUCUAGGAGUUGGAAACAUCGACUUUGUGUCGUGUAGUACCACAGUUUAUAAAGCAAUGCUAAAUGAUUGGAUGGUAAAUCUUGCUGACAAGAUUCCACGGCUUCUUGAAGAUGGAAUCAGUCUCCUUGUCUAUGCAGGAGAAUUCGAUAUCAUAUGUAACUGGCUUGGCAACUCCAGGUGGGUUGAUCAGCUAAACUGGUCAAACCAGAAGGAGUAUGGAUCAGCCAAGAGAGUCCCGUUCUUGGUAGAUGGGAAGGAAGCUGGGCUAAUGAAGAAUCACGGUCCUCUCACUUUUCUUAAGGUUCAUGAUGCUGGACACAUGGUUCCUAUGGAUCAGCCAAAGGCUUCUUUGCAAAUGCUUCAGACUUGGAUGCAAGGAAAGCUUGCUACUCCUACUCCGACUGGUGCAACAGUUCGUCAGUUAUUCUAGCCGAAUAUUUCUUAACCGAAUACGAACUGGUUGUUGUAGUUCCUUAACUAACUAAUCAAAAUAAAUUUCAGUUCGAUAAUGCAGAUGGCUCUUUUAUAUUCUCUGAGCGUGACCAUACAUUCAUAAAUUUAUAUAUAUAUAUAUAUAUAUAUAUAUAUAUCUCUGCAAACUUAUAACGAGAGAAACAUCUAGAGUUGACCAAAACACUUUAUAAUUUUUUUUGUCAAUCGUUGUUCAAAAUGAAAAAUGUAAAAGGUCUCGCUAAAACAAGAAACGCUUGGUUAGUUUCAAACAUGGAAGACAACGAUGAUAUAUACUUAUGGCUCAGCUGAGAUCUAUGUAACACUAAUUUUCUAGUCCCUAUAAUUUCCCGACCACUCUCUGUCUGCUUUUAAGAAAAACGUCCCAUGUCUUCCAAUUGUUCUAAGAGAAGAACGUUUCAUACUCUCACUGGUUUAAGCAGAUUUAGGAGGUUACGUUCUUAACGAGUUUGACAGAGGAGUCCAAAGAACCAUCUGUGAUAGAAUUAUAACAAUCAGCAAAAAUAAAGGUGCAACGAAUUCUAAAGUUUCACUUGCAGGAAAUCAACGGGUCCUAUGAACUUUUUGAAGGAUCGGCGAAAGGUUUGAUUCUUCUCUCAUGAUAGUAUAAGAAACCUUUCUCUGUUUUGUCACCAAUUUACUUAGUCUUCUAUCAUUUCCUUCAAAACUUACAAUAUAACCAAUGUACAUAAACAUUACGCACUUAUACGGAUUAAAGAACUUUACAGAUGAAUAUAAUCCAAGGUUACAAAAAUAUAUCUUCACUUCUUUUAUCAAAAAUAUAUAUAUAUAUAUCUUCACUAUCUUUUUUUUUUUUUGACACACAUAUACCUUCACUAUCUAAUAGACUUUUUCUCUUCCUUGAAAUCUGAGAAGACUCCUUUCCAGCCAGCGUAGAAAUGAUCGAGAAAUAACGACUUUGUUUCUCCUAAAUUUCGAAGUAACACACAACAAAUACAGUUUUGAAAGUGGAAAGUACCCUUUUCGGUUCACAUAAUUUUUAGAUCAAUGUCUCGACACCAAAAACCCUUACUUCUCCGUAGCCAUGCACCAUUUUGAUCAAAUAUCUUGCAAGCACUCAUACUCUCCACUGAAUCAUGAAAUGAUGGAGCUUUAUGAAUCAUGAAAGUGGGACGCCUAUAUUAGGGAGGAGGUGAAAGGGGAGAGUAACUCCGAGUGAAUUGGGAGGCGAUAGAAAACAAUAGGGGCCAAUGGUGGUUUCUGAAGAUAUGUGAAACGGUCCAUAUUUCAUAAUAAAAGGCCAAUAUUUGUUUACGGUCCUUUGGUUAACUGAAAAUGGAUUAGACAACGGUGACGUGACAUGCCUCACCACUCACCAUAGUCCCCUUUUCCUUCAGUCAAGUCACAGAGUAUCAUAUUCUCUAUAAUACUCUUCGCUUUUCUGUUGAUUAAUCGUAUAUAUUGAACAUGCUGUGUGAAACACCGUUUUAUUCACACUUAACACUAUGCAGUCGGUCAUUCUUAUUAAGAAUAAAGGUUUGAUUUGUAUUUGAUAAUAAAAAAUGGGUUUGAUUUGUCAUUAUACAUAUUACACACCAAAUGUCGCAGCACAUCUUUCCAAAAAAUAAAAAUAAACUAAUGAUGACAUCACUGAAAUCUUUUUUAUCUCUCUCUAAUUGCAACAAUCACAGAACAGGUACCAAACCGAGAUUGUCUCUAAUAAAUGUUAGAGUCUCUUAAUUCUAAUGGUAACCGUAAUCACUUAUUAAUCACCUUUCAAUUCUUAAACGUACGUAGUGAUUGUUGUUAAUGCUCAAAAUUUGAGAAACUGAAGCCAGAUAAUAUAAAUAGAGA